CUUAGUCGCUGUGCGAUUUACUGGCGCUGUAUGACAUUGAGCUAGCGAUCUAAAAGUGCGGGCUGUUAUGAAAGUCGGCUCUGUUCUGCGAAAAGCGGGGCUUUUGGGCGGAAUCCGUCAUGACUAUGACUUGCUGGUUAUUGGUGGAGGCUCUGGAGGUCUUGCAUGUGCCAAGCAAGCAGCCCAAUUUGGAAAGAAAGUUGCAGUAUUUGAUUAUGUUGAACCUUCCCCAAGAGGAACAAAAUGGGGAAUUGGAGGGACUUGCGUGAAUGUUGGCUGCAUUCCCAAAAAGCUGAUGCAUCAAGCAGCACUUAUUGGUAGCACCCUUAAAGAUGCACCUCACUAUGGCUGGGACACACCAAAUGAAAUUCAGCAUAACUGGGGAAAAAUGGCUAAAGCUGUUCAGAAUUAUGUGAAAUCAUUAAACUGGGGACACAGAAUACAACUGCAGGACAAAAAAGUUAAAUACUUUAAUAUGAAGGCGAGUUUUGUAGAUGAGCAUUGCAUUCGAGGAGUGACCAAAGCAGGGAAAGAGACAUUAGUGACAGCAGAAAACAUUGUCAUUGCUACAGGAGGAAGACCGAAAUAUCCUACACAUGUUCCUGGAGCACUGGAAUAUGGUAUAACAAGUGAUGACCUGUUCUGGCUUAAAGAAUCUCCAGGAAAAACAUUGGUGGUUGGAGCCAGCUAUGUCUCAUUGGAGUGUGCAGGAUUUUUGACAGGAAUCGGACUUGACACUGCAGCCAUGGUGAGGAGUAUUCCCCUGAGAGGGUUUGAUCAGCAAAUGGCUUAUUUAGUUACUGAUUAUAUGGAACUCCAUGGAACAAAAUUUUUGUGGAAAUGCACACCAUCUAAUGUGGAGAAGUUAAAGAAUGGUAAACUAGAAGUCACCUGGAAGAACACAGAGUCUGGGAAGGAGGGAGCUGACAUAUAUGACACAGUUAUGUGGGCCGUAGGACGUGCUGCUGAAACCCAGUAUCUUAAUCUAGAGAAGGUGGGAGUGGAUGUCAAAUCAGACACAGGAAAGAUCAUUGUCAAUGCUUCAGAAGCCACGUCUGUCCCACACAUUUAUGCUAUUGGUGACAUAACUGAGGGUCGUCCAGAGUUAACCCCAACAGCGAUUGCUGCUGGGAAGCUCUUGGCUAGUCGGCUGUUCUCUGGCUCAGCAGAACUGAUGGAUUAUGACAGUGUCCCAACUACUGUGUUCACUCCUUUGGAAUAUGGCUGCGUUGGGAUAUCGGAAGAGGAUGCAAAAGAGCGCUACGGAGAUGAUAACAUUGAGGUUUUCCAUGCAUUUUAUAAACCUCUAGAGUUUAUUGUGGCUGAAAGGAAUGGCUCUCAGUGCUAUAUAAAGAUAAUUUGCCUCAGAACACAGGAUCAGAGGAUUCUGGGCCUACAUUUUACAGGCCCAAAUGCUGGAGAAGUAAUCCAAGGAUUCGCUCUGGGAAUUAAAUGCGGAGCUACCUACCACCAGUUAAUGCGCACAGUGGGGAUUCAUCCAACCUGUGCUGAAGAAGUCACCAAACUGCACAUCACCAAGCGUUCUGGCCUAGACCCUACCGUCACCGGCUGCUGAGGUUAAGUGCCAUCCCUGAAAUAAACAUCACCGGCUGUCUGUGGGCAAGAGAAAGGGCUGCUAUGCUGAAUAAUAAGGAAUAUUGCUGCACCAAUGUGCUUUCUCUGAUAGGCUAGUGAGAAUAAAAUCUGUUAUGAUUUUGGAGAUAUUCUGCCAGGAGUAACCGAAUCUCAAGCACUGCAUCUUUCCAAGCAAACUCAAAAGCAUUCAUGACAUCUCUGGUGUUAAAUGGAGUGGAAAGGAGUUGAUAAGGGAGGGAAGCUGCUUAUGACAAACGUAUACUGCAAGUAUCCAGGAGGUGGAAGUACAGACCAGCAGAUGCAAAGGCCACAGACAACGGACAGGAUUAAUUUGGACCCUACCCCAGGCUGCAAACUCUGGAUCUACAUAUAAUGUACUCACUAGAUAUCAGUCAUAUAGCACGGCCUUCUCCAUUCUUGAGCUGAAAAGGAUUUCACUUGGAAGAAUUUAAAAACUGCAUCAGUGCAGUGUAAUGAUUUCUGUGGGACAUAAUGACAUUUAGAUAACAUAACUAGAUAGGAAAUACACUAGAUUGGAAAUAAUAUAUAGAUUAAUAAUGGCUUUACUAUGGCAUUUGGUGGUCAUGCCUUGCCAACAGACAGAUUUAUGGUGAAUACUUUAGGGGUGGCGAGUUUCUGUUAAUAGAUUUCAACAGCGUUGAGAAUGACACAUAAGGGGUAUCAGCUAAUGAAGGCUUGUGUAUAAACCCACACAGUGGGCUGGACAGGCCUGAGCAUCUCUGCUUCUCUGUUGUGUGUGACACUAUUUACUGGUAAAUUCACUAAACACAAUAAACUAUUAACAUCA